CCUUCCGGUUUAUCGCAUGCUUCCCCUUCAAUUUAGCUAGCUAACAUAUAUGAAACAUAAUAUAUAGACAACGUUAGGAGUUCAUAAAACACUUUGGUUCCAUAAUUUAUACAUUUCAUCAUCUGAAAUUGUGACGGUCGAAGAAAACAUGAAUAUUCGCAACGCAAGGCCGGAGGACCUUAUGAACAUGCAGCACUGCAACCUGCUGUGUCUCCCAGAGAACUACCAGAUGAAAUACUACUUCUACCAUGGACUGUCCUGGCCACAGCUCUCCUACAUCGCUGAGGAUGAGAAUGGCAAAAUAGUGGGAUAUGUUUUGGCCAAGAUGGAGGAGGAUCCAGAUGAUGUCCCCCAUGGUCACAUCACGUCCCUGGCUGUCAAGCGCUCACACAGACGUCUGGGUCUGGCUCAGAAGCUGAUGGACCAAGCCAGCCGAGCUAUGAUUGAAAACUUCAACGCCAAAUAUGUCUCACUUCAUGUCCGGAAAAGUAACCGAGCAGCCUUGCACCUGUACUCCAACACACUGAAAUUCCAGAUUAGUGAAAUAGAGCCCAAGUACUAUGCAGAUGGGGAGGAUGCCUAUGCCAUGAAGAGAGACCUAGCUCACAUGGCUGAUGAGGUCCCACAGUUGAGGAAGCCAGGAGUGAAGGCACUGGGUCAGGAGACCCUUACUGCUACGACCACACCCGGUGACCAGGAGAAAGAGGGAGAGAGGGACAGUGGCGGAGAGAGCAAAGAACUCAGUGAAGUUAGCGAAGCAACAGAAAGCACAGACGUCAAAGAUUCAUCUUCCGAUUCACAAUGACUCUGACCUCUUUAGUAGCCAUUUUUAAAUUUCACCAUGAAAGUUACUUAUUACACUUUUUAUCUCUUUCCAAAUAGGAAAAAACAGAUUUGACCUCUGUUUUCCCCAGUGUUCAUCUUCAACUAUUCACCUCAGUUACUUUGUAUAUUUUACCUUUACUACAUACUGUACAGUAAUAUAUAUUUUACCUUCACACCGUACAGGAACAUAUUUGACCUUCACACCGUACAGGAACAUAUUUGACCUUCACACCGUACAGGAACAUAUUUGACCUUCACACCGUACAGGAACAUAUUUGACCUU